AUGAAUAGUUUACUACUCGCCCGUAUUAGUCUAAGAGCUAGCAACGUUUUCGAGAGAGAAUUUCAGAAACAUAGAGCUCGUGAUUCUUGGAACGUCAAUGAAGUUCGGUUUCAUCUGUUUUCAAACACUUAUCGGUCUAAAAAAUCAGAUGAUAAUUUUGAAAAAAAAUUUCGUAAUUUUGAUCCAUCAAGCCUACCACCAUGCAAAGCUGAAUUGUAUCAGCAUUUACUACGAAUUCGUUACGUUACAAAGUUUUGGAGAAAUGCUCAUUUACAACACCCAACAUCUCUAUCACCUCAAGCUUCUGGCUGGACCAUAAAUGACGAUAAAUAUGAUUUUAUCUGGUUUGUUGGAGAGCAGUUACCAUCAUUAGUUGCCGACAUUAUCAUUAAAGAUAAUAGCUUAUUACAAGACGAUGAUAAUCCAAAAGUCGACGAUGGCAAUGAAAAUGACAGUAGUGAUGAAGAUGAUGAUAAUUAUCAAGAUGCCUCCGUUUUUUGUGACACAAUUAUGGAUUAAAAAAUAUAAUUUUUGUUUACUUUCAUCCUUGAGAUAGAUUAUUACCUUAAUUUUGCACAAAAAUAAAUAAUUAUUUUAAUGCUA